AUGAACGGCAAAAUUUUCCUUCUGGCCAUUUUUUUCGUGGCGCUCCACGCCGUGGCAUCGCACGGUAGAACUUUUAUUACGGGGACGAAUUACAAACCGAAAAAUGAAAAGGCCAAAAAGGUUGGCAAAAAUGAUAAGACAAGCAGUGAGGGCCCCGCAAACAUGAGUGAGAGCCCCGCAGACAUGAGUGAGGAACCUUUCAGGGGACAAAAUAUAACCAAAUAUUUUAAAAACAUCCUGGAUGACCUGAAUAACGAUUCCAAAAAGGAUGGCGGUGAUUCUGACGAUGGGAAAUUCAUAAGCCAGGUGUCGGAAGAGGUUCCCACAAGCGAUGAGGAGGACGGAGACGAGGGGGAGAAUGCACCCGGGGAGGACGACGCGCAGGGUGGUGAGGAGGGUGGCGAAGAGAGUGGCGAGCUGACUGGCGAACAGAGUGACAAUCAGAGUGACCAGCAGAGCGGCGCUCCGCAUGCUGGUCCGCACGAGGGAGAGGCCGAGGCCACUCUGCCAGUGCAAGGAGAGAACUACAGCGGGUCCAACCUAAAAUACUCAGACGAGCUGUAUGAAGAUAUCCUAACUAGCUUAAAUAAAAAGGGCUGCGAAGAAGGAACGGAAAACAACAACAAAUAUAAUGAGUUCAAAAAAGAAUAUGAAAUGUUCAUAUCUUUAAAUAAAGAGGAAUAUGAAAUUAUAGAGAAGCUCGUCGACGCUUUUUCCAUGUACAAUGAUUCCAUUGAUGAAGACGCAGAUUCUGUGUACGAAGCGAUUAAGAAGUCUUUCACCGAUCCUAAGUUUAGGAAAGAAUUUAAAGAUUUCAUGAAUGGCAUUUAUGCCUAUGCUAAGAGGAAGCAUUAUAUAAGAGGCACCCAGACGGAGAAGGCCAAAACGUACCUUACGCUGUUUGAGAAUGUCAUCAACUUGCUCAACAUGAUAUAA